GUCAUGGGCCGAUCUUUUGCCAUGCGCGGUCAUGAUGGGGGACAUGUCGUUCCGCCCGCCUGUGUUGUGCGUGCGUUGUGAGACGGAAGGAGGGUAUAUAGUUCGCACCCCGCUUGCUGAUUCUCUAGAACGCAUCACAAUCAGCCUGCUUAUCGAUUCACAUACAAAUCCUCGAUCUCCAGUACACCCUCCGUACACAUCUUAUCUUACUUAAGCUUCAAACUAUCUCUACUUCACUACAUCUUCAUACCAAACUUCAUCAACAAUGUCUGCCAUGACCGAGUCCCGCCAGCAAGUCUACGUCUCCGGAGACGGCUUCUCAGAGCCCAUGAGUGCUCAACACAACUUUGCCAACAACUUUGACCUCAACGACCCUGAGCGAGCCAUGUCCGACUACCAAAGGAUCAUGCACGAGCACACCAAGCGCCAGCUUAGCACUGCUACAGACUCGGCACGCCGACGAAGCGGCGCUUCAUCAUCCGACUCAGUCAGCUCCACCAGCUCAUAACAAUCAUCUUGAUUGUCAUACACAACUAUCUAUUCGAGCGUCUGCGACGCUAUCUGUAUUAGCGAUGCAUUGUCAGAGAUCAUAUUACGAUCUAUUUCUUUGUCUAUGAGAGCGGGAGGCGUGGCGUUUGGGAAUUUACAUCUGGCUUUCGCCAAUGGCAUGCACGAUACGGUGUUGGAUGGAUCUAGCGACAUCCUGCUUAUCUCAAUCAAUCCAACUUCUCUAUCAGGAGAUCAUCAUCACC